CAGAAAAGAAGAAAUGCGUAUGUUGGUUAUCUUCUAACCAAGGACGGUCUUAAGCCAGAUCCCGAGAAAAUAAGAGCUGUACAAGCCAUGACUAAACCGACCAUCCAACACGAAAGAGUUAAAAACAUACUUGGGUUUAUCCAAUAUCUCGCAAAGUUUUUACCCAAUAUGGCCGAAGUCAGUGCACCACUUCUAAAGUUGUUGGAAAAGAACACAGCAUGGCAUUGGGAAAAGCAACAAGAAGAUAGCUUUCAACAACUCAAGAGAAUGACAACCAGUGCCCCAGUGCUAAGUUAUUAUGAUCCCAAGAAGCCUGUUACCUUACCUGUAGAUGCCAGUUCAAAAGGACUUGGAGCAGUGCUGUAUCAAGAAGAAAAAACAGUUGCAUAUGCCUCCAGAGCGUUAACACCAACACAGCAAAAAUAUGCACAAAUCGAGAAAGAGAGUUUGGCUAUUGUAUUUGGUACAACCAAGUUUCACCAGUUCCUGUUUGGAAAAGAAGUACUUGUCACAUCAGACCACAAACCACUUGAAUAUAUAUUCAAUAAGCCUCUGCACCAAGCAUCACUUCGUCUACAGAAGAUGCUGUUAGGCUUGCAAGGAUAUGAGUUAAGAAUUGUCUACAAGCCUGGCAAAGAGUUGUUCAUUGCUGAUACCAUAAGCAGAAAUUACCUAGAAGAGACGAAAGAAACACUCGCACAAGAACUCAAAGUAAACGAAGUCCACCUUACAGCCCACUUACCAAUAUCACCUGAAAAGUACCAGAAAGAAGAAUAA